AUGCCAUUUUUUGCUGGAAAUACUGUCACCUUCAACAUUGAUCAACAAUCCAGAGGAAAGAAAUCCAUCGCGUUGAACCUCAAAGACCCUUCUGGCCAAAAAAUCCUUCGCUCGCUCGCUCGUUCCUCCGAUGUUCUCCUUGAUCCCUUUCGCCCUGGUGUCAUGGAGCGCCUCAACUGCGGUCCAGAGCGCAUCGCAAACGAUCGCCUCAUCUUCGCACGGUUGAGCGGUUUUGGCCAGACGGGGCCAAUGCGCGACGUAGCUGGACACGAUAUUAACUAUUUAGCGCAGUCGGGUGUUCUUGAUUCCCUCAGAGAUUCCACUGGCAAACCUUGUCCUCCGGUGAACCUCGUCGCGGAUUUCGCUGGUGGAGGAGUUAUGAUGGCGCUUGGAGUAACCUCAGCGAUUAUCGAGAGGGGUAACACCGGAAAAGGUCAAGUUCUGGACCUGGCAAUGUCAGAAGGAGCUGCGUACGCUUCAGGCUUUCUUUGGUCAAUGAGAAGUCUUUUCCCGGGAGCAAAGGGAACCAAUAUGUUGGAUGGUGGAGCCCCGUUCUACGGCGUUUACGAAACGAAAGAUGGCCGAUUCAUGGCCUUGGGUGCAAUUGAGCCGCAAUUCUACCAAGUAUUUCUUGAGAAAAGCGGGUUGAAAGAGCUCGAUGAUCUUCCAAAUCAAAUGGACCAGGAAGAAUGGGGAAAAUUGAGGAAAAUCAUCGAAGAGAAGUUUUUGGAGAAGACUCAACAGGAGUGGGCAGAUAUUUUCGAUAUGACUGAUGCAUGCGUGAGUCCUGUGAUGACCGCUGAAGAAGCCGCAGAAAAUAUACAUAACAAAGAGAGGAAUUCAUUUCUUCUCGAUGAGCACGGCCAGUUCUUUCCCCGUCCUGUCCCAGGAUCAAGCACUUCUACCGGCUUCGUCCCAACAAUCCAGCCAAAUGUCGGCCAGCACACAGUUGAAAUUCUAUCCGAGCUCUAUUCAAAACGCGAAGUCCGCAAAUUCCUCGAAAAUGGCAUCGUCUCAUAA